AUGCAUUCAUUUUCGUACUUAGUUGUUGCGGUUGCAAGUGUGUUUGCAAUUCGACUGGUAGACGCAAAGGCUGUCUUCGCACAUUAUAUGGUAAAAGUAUUUCUUCGUGCAACACGACAUUACACUGACAUACUUUUCCAUAGUUGGGAAGCAUUGACCAGGACCAUGCUGAGAAAGACAUCGAAGAUGCAAUCGCCAUGGGAUUUGAUGCUUUCUCAAUCAACAUGUAAGCAGGUACCAGCUUGUCCAAGCUUUUAUUAACAAUUUCUAGUGGAUUCCCCCAAGCCCCUUUCGUCUUUACCAGCUUAGUUCGCUUAUUCGAUCACGCCGAUACCCUCAAAUCAAAUGGAGGAAACUUUAGAUUAUUCAUCAGUAUGGAUUUGUAUGCUGCCGGUCAGCAGAAACACGCAGAUGGGACCCCAGUCAACGCUUUCGACUACGGCGAUACGUUCAGGGACUUCAUUACUCGGCCUUCAUAUUAUCUCGGUCCCAACGGUAAACCUUUCGUUACAACAUUUUCGGACGGCGGAAUGGAUGGCCCAUCUUUCAAUGGUUGGCGGCAGACUCUUUCUAGUACAGGCGUGUAUUUUGUUCCUGAUUUGGAUCAUACACAAGGGUAAGUUUCCUCUUGUGUAAAUACUGAGCUUAUGAAACCCUGCUGACUGUAACUGUUGUAGUUUUAAUACGUCUCACCCCGCGUGGUGGGAUUAUUGGGGACCUGUCAUUGAUGGAGUGACUGCUUGGGAGAGUGCUUGGCCGAUACGAGGGGGUUUUGGUGGAAAUUAUCCUGGCGACACCGAGGUAAAUGGAUUACUAAUUAGCUUCCUGGCAGAUUGCUGAUUGUCUCCUAUUUAGUGGGAUAAAAAAGUCAUUGAGGGUAUAGAUGGAAACCCUGGAACAUUAUCUCACGGCAAGACGUAAGAACAUUCAUUCCUGAGAGAAAGCCUGGAUUACUAAUCUUCAAUUGCACGCCGUCUAAUAUAUUGUCACAAACUAAAAAUCAACAGAUACAUAAUGCCUAUGAGCACAUUACAAUACAAAAAUGCAUACAAUACAAAUGUGUAUCGUGAAGGUAUGUCAAGCCGAUCGAACGCUCCCCGCAAAGCAGUCUGACCACCCGUAGGAGGACUUAACCUCGUUCAACGUAUGAAAGAAACACUCGCAAUGCCAAAUGGACCCGGCUUCAUCCAAGUUAUCACGUGGAACGAUGGACCAGAGGUUUUUUAUAGGUAUUCUGUUUAUAAACAAGUGCUAACCCCUUGAACAGAGUCACUACAUCGGUAACCUCUGGCCCGAGCAGAACUCGGACGCAGAGCCUGCCCUUUACGCAUCAAGCACGAAAGGCAAUCAUAAAGGAUGGCAACCACUCAUACACUCCUUCAUCGUAGCUUUCAAGCAAGGAGCUAAGGAUAUAUCUCAAAUGACAUUGCCUCCCGGAACCACAAGUCCCUUCACAGGUGCCAUUUGGUACAAGAAGGUUCUGUCUGGAGCCAAUUGUCCAGGUGCAACAAAGCCUGAUGAUUAUGAGGCUGCUAAGGAUAAGAUUACUUGGGCAAUCAUCGUGGACUCUUCGGCCACAUUCGUUGUAUCUAGUGGUGUUGUACCAGAUGUUACACUAUCCGCUGGCAUGAACUUUGGGGAGUUCGACUUGAAAGCUGGACCGCCAAGGAUGACACUGAAGGGGAAUGGCGUUGUGAUUGCCACUGCUUCGGGGGGUCCUUGUGCCUACAAUACUUGCCCGUAGAUCUUCCCACUGCGCUUGUGUGUUCUGGCAUAGCUCUAACCCCCACUCAGAGAUGGAAUAUACAACUUAAAUCCUGAGGUAAGCAGAUUUGAAAGAUUACACAGCUGCGAGUAUUGGAAGGUUGACUGGGAAAUAGGUCGUUUCAUUCAGUAACAAUCAGCCCGUAGAUCGUGUGUGCUAGCACGAAAUGCUGUAGCCCCACUUCUCCAUAGGACCGGUCUGGUGAACCCGAUACUACUUUCAGUUUUCCAAUGCUCACUAAACUCCAGGAACUAAUAUUAUAGCCGAGAAUGUUCUGUCAUUUCACAACAAAAAAGAAAGUAGAUUUGUGUUUUCUGACCGGCUGGCGGGAGAAGAUAAGGAAUCCAUUGGCUCCACAUGGGAAACACAC